AUGUCGAUAAGUCUAUUUUUACUAACUCUUCUUCUUCUUAUUCAAUCCAUUCGCGCUGCUAUUCAACGUUUACCACCUAUAUCUCUGCAUGAACAAAGUUCGAUAGGUACAUCCAUUUAUGAUCUAAGUCGAAUCUAUCCAUCAACAUCGAAGAACUUAAUCCAAUUCGCUUUCCUAUCCGACACGAGUCCACACAAUUCAUUCUUCAUCGUUGACUCUUUGACUGGCCGAAUCUCGAUCAAGCGUAUGAUCGAUCGCGAAGAACUAUGUCAGACACACAUUUGCAAUUGUGAUCGAUGUCUUUUAACAUUAGAAUUAAUUGCAUCAUCUCAAACUGUCGAUAUUCUCUCGUUGGAAAUCACCAUUGAAAAUAUUAAUGAUAAUCAACCGAUAUUUCCUGUCUCUUCAUUUCGAAUUCGUCUAUCGGAAAGUACGGAUAUCGGUCAUGUCAGUUCGUUUCCUUCGGCAACUGAUUUAGACUAUCAAGAUCAUAUUGAAUAUCACCUUGUACCAUUGAAUCCAUCUGAUAAUGAAACGUUUACAAUUGUUAAUUUACAAACAGAGAAUCAACUGGGCUUGCGCUUACUAAAAUCUCUUGAUCGCGAACAACAAAAUCUCUACCAAAUGAAAGUGAUCGCCAGUGAUGGCGAACACACAGGUGAACUACUGUUAGAUGUUCACAUUCUCGAUUCCAAUGAUAAUGUACCGAAAUUUGAACACGACCAAUACCAUAUCAAAGUACGAGAAGAUAUUCCGGUUGGAAGUGAACUGUUACAUAUACACGCAUACGAUAAUGACGAAGGUUUAAAUGCAUUGAUUAACUAUACCAUUGUUACAGAUAAUCCAUCGUCAUCGUUUCCAUUUGAGAUCAAUGUUCGAACAGGAGCUGUUAGACUGAUUCAAGCGUUGGAUUAUGAAUAUGAAACGAAUUAUCAUUUUAGCGUUCGCGCACGUGAUAACGGACCGGACGCGAUUAGUGUUUACGCUCAAGUUCAAAUUGAUAUUCUCGAUGUGAAUGACUGUCCGCCAGAUAUCGAUUUGAUUUUACCCGAUAAUAAUCCGCAAAAGAAUCUUUUUCAAAUCGAAGAAGAGCAACCACUUCACACACGUUUAUUUCAUCUAAGUGUCAGCGACAAAGAUUCAGGUAUCGGGAAAAUCCUAUUGAGAUUAUUAACCUACCAAGAUUUAUUUCAAUUAAAUGAACAAUACAAUGAUUUGUAUAAUCUAAUUGUUAUCGGUCGAUUAGAUCGAGAAAAACAAGAAGAAUAUCAGCUAAUCUUCGAAGCUGUUGAUCAAGGAGUCGAACAAUCGUUAAAAACGCAAAAGAAUCUCACCAUCCGUUUGAUUGACAUUAACGAUUGUUCACCAAUGCUUGAUCCAUUCCCCAAGCCAAUUUAUAUCAACGAAAAUAACCCCUACAAUGUUCAAUUAAUUCAGCUCCAUGCUCGAGAUCUCGAUGCCCCGAAUACUCCGAAUAGUCUGUUGGCUUAUUCACUACUACCAUCGAAUGAUUCACGAUUUUUUCGGAUCGAUUCUCAAACGGGCAUACUUUCUGUCGGACAGAUUUCAUUUGAUUACGAAAUGAAAUCGGUCUACUAUCUGGUUCUAAACAUUUCCGAUCAUGGCACCAAUCCUAAGCGAUUGGAAACUAUUCAACCGUUGGUUAUUCAUAUCAAUAACACUAAUGACAACGAACCCGUAUUUAAACAGAGUUCAUAUUCAUUUCGAAUACCGGAAAAUGUUCCUGUUGGAACGUUGAUUGGUCAAGUGAGCGCAAUUGAUUCAGAUUCGAAUUCGACAAUUGACUACAAAUUAUCGACUCCGGAGUAUCAAAAUACAUUCUACAUUGAUCAUUUGACUGGUCAAUUACAUACCAAAGUUCUACUCGAUUACGAAACUGUUGCCAUUUAUCGGUUGAAUAUCACUGCGAAAGAUAACGAUGGACUUCAUUCUACUCAUACAAUUGUUAUCGUUGAAUUAACUGAUGUCAAUGAUAAUGCACCAAUGAUGGACUCAUCUUCGUCGAUUCAAAUUCCAAGUCAAAUGUUACACACGAAUACUUCGGAAAUAAUCAUGAUUGCACGAAUCAAUGCCAAAGAUAAAGACUCAGGUAGGAAUGGUCAAUUAACAUACGGCAUCAGCGAUGGAAAUCAACAUAACUAUUUUCAAAUGAAUUCCAUGAAUGGAACAAUAACAGCUAAGACAAAGAAUUUACCACAAGGUCACCAUCGUUUAACGGUCAAAGUAUGUGAUCAAGGUGAAUCAUUACAAAAAUGUUCGACAACGAUCAUCAACAUCCAAAUUGGUGAAAAUGUCAACGAUUUGUUUUACUCAGAAGAAAAUGUCACUGAAAAACAAUUAGCUGUCGAUGAGAAUAUUGUUACAAACGAAAUGAUUAUUGUCGUUAUUAUAUCAUCCAUAGUUACAUUAGUCUUCAGCAUAAUAAUGGGCAUUCUAUGUGCUGUUUUUUGUAAACAAAAACGAUGUCAUCAUAUUCAUCGAUCAUCAUUAAAAACACCAUGUGAAUCACUUCAAUCGACGGAUGCUGACAAACUUCUUUCAACAAAUAAUACGAAUACUUUCUCUUCAACUAAUAAAAAAUUGACUGGACACCAUCUUCACCAACCGUACGAAGAUAUUAAUGCUUCGGGCUGUGCUGCCAGCUCCGAAGACAGUUGCUAUGGAAGUAAUGAAUUAUCACGAUCAAGUUCAAGUACACACGGUGUAGCCAAACCUCUUCUCACUGAACAACAUCGUUCGGGUAGUCUCAGUUCAACAAGUGUCGACUAUGCCAUACCAACUCCACGAGAAACAUCCUUAUAUCCAAAUAAAACAGUUACGCUAAUUAAUCAAUCUUCAAUUGAAACAGCAACAACAACGAAUCAUCUGAAGACAUUUCAUUCAACAGGAAUCUCAUCAUCAAGUCAUUAUAAUCUGAAGAAAACUGUUCAGUCAUUGACGCGACGACCCGUCGCCGGUUUACAAUCUACUUAUUUGCCAUACGAUACUAUUGAUACACCACCAUCGCCACAAAAUCACUCACCGGCAACGAGUACAACAUCGAGAGAAUACAGUAUUUGA